UCAUGACUGGAAGUUGUGCAGUGCGUGUCUAGAAACAACAUAUUUCCCACAAGAUCACACGGGCGAGCUCAUAGCGCAAGGCCUCAGGGACGCGCUUGAAUGUUGGAGACUGAAAGAAGCAAACAUGACCUGUAUGACGACAGAUAGCGGGGCCAAUAUGGUGAAGGCAUUGGAGCUCAACAGCUGGACUCGUCUGCAGUGUUUUGGGCACAGACUCCACCUAGCCAUCGAAAAAAGUGCCAAAGACCCUCGUGUUGAACGUGUAACAUCGGUUUGCAAGAAAGUCGUCAGUACAUUCUCCUUCAGCUGGAAGAAAAAGAGGGACUUAAGUAAUGCUCAAACUGAGCUAAAGCUACCUCAACAGAAGCUCAUCACCGAGUCCCCAACACGAUGGGGUUCGAGACUCAACAUGAUCGAGAGAGUGCUUGACCAGGAAAAGGCCAUUUCUCAGGUCCUGAAGGCAGACAAGAAGACUAGGCAUUUGGUCCCGUCAUGGCAAGAUGUUGACGUAAUGGAGUCUGUGAAAAAGGCAUUGAGUCCACUGAAAGACUUUACUGAUGCACUCUCAGGUGAGGACUAUGUGAGUAUAUCUUAUGUAAAGCCAGUGCUUCACCUGUUGAAAGUCAACAUUUUGAGCCUGAAUGAUGAAGACACUGAACUAACAAAAACAAUGAAGACAAGCAUUCUCGCAUACCUCACUGACAAAUAUCAGGACCCCACCACUGAUGACCUGCUGGACAUGGCUUCGCUUGUCGAUCCCAGGUUCAAAACACAAUACAUAGACAAAGACAAGAUAGAGGGAAUACAAACCAGAGCUUUGUCUGAGCUGGAGUCUUUGCUGACCAUACAGUAUCCAACAUCAGAUCAGCAGCCUACAUCUAGUACCUCAACCUCCACAUCACAGAGCCCUGAUGAGGGUCAGACACCACCCAAGAAAGCAAAACAAUCACUUGCCAGCUUUUUAAAAGCCUCAGGUGUUGUAAGUGCAUCUGCAGCCACAACAUCAGCUUCCUCAUCUCUAAAAGAGGCAAUAGAAGGAGAAUUGAAGGGAUACUUGUCCACACCAAAUGCAGAAAGUGAGGUGGAUCCACUGGGAUGGUGGAAAGUCCAUGAGGCAAACUUUCCAAGAGUUAGCCAACUUGCUAGAAAGUAUUUAUGCAUUCCAGCCACAAGUGCUCCCUCAGAAAGAGCCUUCAGUACUGGUGGCAAUAUUGUCACCUGCCAAAGGGCAACUCUCAAGCCAGAUAAAGUGAAUCAGCUGGUUUUCCUUUCUAAAAAUUUGUGACUGUGAUUAGUUAUACUGUGUGUUAUUUUAGAAAUUGAUAUGUUCCAAAGCUGCUAAGUUUACACGACUCAGGACUCAGGUCAGGAAAUAUUUUUGUACCUUUAUUGUUUUGGUUCUGAAACACGUUGCACUUUGAAAAAUCUACUAAACAGAUUACGAAAGGUAGUUUACAUUUUGUAUGUGUGUUUUUGUUUUUACCUUUGGAAGCUAAUGUUUAUUUUUUGGGAGUUAUGCUAAAGUCUGUGCACUUGCAUUUAUUUAACUAGACCAAGUACAUUUUUAUUUAAACAUUAUUUAACUUUGUAAAAAAUAAGCUAUUUACAUUUUUGAACCUGUUUGCUGGGAUCUAUGUCUAAUAAGCUAUCUGACUGUUACAACUGUUAGAUUUAUUAAACCAAUGUUCAUUUUGUGAUGUUAAUUGUAAUGCAAGUCUUGUUGAAUGUUCAUACUUUCAGAAUUGCACUUGCAUUAAAUCUUAACUUGAUUAAAAUAUUCUUGAAAAUAUAAAUGGUGAAGAGUAUGUUUUUAUAUGGGGACAUUAGUUUGGCUGUAUUGUAGCUCUGUAAUUUGCAAAAUAGUCUUAAAACCAACUUGAAAAAGAACCGGGAUAAAAUCGUGAAUCGUGAUGUAUCCAGAAAAAAUCGUGAUUUGAAUUUUUUUCUAUAUCGCCCA